AUGGCUAGGAGAGUGAACUUCGGCAAAAUGAACAUUGACAGAUGCUCUCCCCGUGAGACGAUUCAUGACUCGCGGAUUGACACUAUCCGCGUUCCCAGAUUGAUACUUAUCCAAGGUCCUUCAACGCCCUUUUUUCGACUUUUCCCCUUCUAUCUUGGUGAUAACCUCCUGUAUCUAGCAGUCCUUCAGCCCAACAUGCGGUGGUCUCUUGCAGGGCUGCUGCCGUCGCUCUGCCUUGUCGUCCUCACCAAUGCCUCCCCACUGGGUCAUGAGAGCGCCUACGAUAUUGAGGGAGUUGACUCCCUCAACACUCUCGUUCGCAGAGUUCGAACCGGCCCAGGUGGUGGCACAGUCACCACCCCAAAGAAAACGACAGAUCUCUUUCUGCUAGAUAGCGGCCCGGGAGGUUGCACUAGCAAAGAGGCAACCCUCGAUAACUGGUUGACAGAGGUCUUUCUCCUCCACGACGCGAUCAAGACGGCGUACGCAAACAUCCAAGGAGAUAGGUCUUGGAUGCUGAUGUGGUACACCUGGUUCGGAGUCCAGCUUAAUAUGCAGACCGGAGGUGUGGACGUGAGUGACGCGGCCAACAAGCAGCUAUGGGACACGAUUGGAGACCACAUCUCCCGCGUUACCAAAUUCCUUGCCGGAGCUGGCCUGGCCAACCCCCAGGUGGCAGGAGAAAACCCUCGCCUGUUCUGUGGGCCCGAGGCAGGCGAACAUCAACCCUGGUCUGAAUCGGUCGUCAAGGAUCAUAACGGCCAAGAUGUAGUCACCGCGAGAGAUCCCGACACUCAGCAGCCGACCGAGUACUUGAAGCUUGGAACGGCGUUUCUGAGCACAGUCCGGGACCCAAAUGCCAAUGCCUUUUGGUUCAGCGCGUUUAACGGCUACGACCUUGACUUCAGUGGCGAAACAAGCCUAUGUGCCGAGAAUCCCAAAGAUGGGAAGCGCCGGUUCGCCAAAACUGCCCGACCAGCAUCGUCGUGGCCAGUAAUAUUCUCGGACGGCGCAGACUUUACCUUUGGCAGAGCCAACAGACACAUCUUGUUUUGCCCCCGGUCCUUUUCUCCUCCUACCGGAUUCCAUUCCUACCCGUCACUGACAAAGGCCGUCGAGGAGGACAAUUACCCCACAGCUGGAAUGAAGGACGAGAACGAGUCUCUGGACAAAAUGAUGCCUGUUAGCUCUACGUUGUACCACGAGCUCUACCAUCUGACCGAUGAUGAUAACACAAAGGAUCAGGCUUACAGCCUGGAUAGGGUCAUACGCAACGCUAGGGACCCAUCAACAAGAGAAGGCAACUCCCACAACCCAGAGACAUACACCCUUUUCGCCACGGCGGCGUAUCUGUACCUCAAUGCACCCCAGGACGAAGAACCCUGCUUGUACAUCAGUGGUUUCCCCAAAAAGGCUUCUAAUCCUUUUGCCUGA